CGCGCCGUUCACCUUUUUGCCUAUAAAUAUGCUUUUGGCUUCCUCCCCAAGAAUCCUUUCUACUUCUUGGGACCUUACCAAGAAAACGUUAUUUUCACUGCUUUCUCACCUCCAUCCCCAACGAACAAUUCUCCCGUUUCUACUGCUCACAUCCCCUCCCCUCCAUCCAACAAUCUUGCUUCUGAUUUCCGACUCCCAUGGUAUGGCGAAUGAGGAGAAGACGUUCCCCUGCAACGCCUGCCCCAAGCAAUUUGAAAAACUUGGCGACAUUGCCAAGCACCACUCGAGCACUCACCGCCAGUUGCCGUUUCUCUGCGGUAGAUGUGGACAAUGCUUCGUUUCGAAAGGUGAGAUUGACAAGCAUGCUGAAGAACCUCACUGUGGGAAAUGUGGGAAGCAUUUCCGCACCAAAUCUGAUCUUCUGCCGCACGUCAGGAUUCCUCACCCGCAGCCUGCCCGCCGUCGCCAGCGCCGCCGUUAAGUUCUUCCCCUCCCAGAAGCAAACGUGCCCUAGUGAAGAUGAGGUGACCCCUGAG